AUGUUCAUCAGACUACUUACUUUCCUCAGUGUCGUUGAAUAUGCACUUUGUCAAUAUCCCAGCGACCCAUGCACAAAACUUGCUGGCAAGAAAUGGGUGGCUCCCAGCGACCUGAGAGCUUGCUUCCAGUCAUUCAAGGUGGAGCCGGUAAUAAAGGACAAUAUCCUCGAUGUGAUAUCAAGAACUCUGGCGUUUCAUACGUCUGUAAACUACCAGAUUCAAGCCCCUCCUCCCUUUGACAAGGACGUACAUGAAGACCUUGCCGCCGACCUGGCUCGUAUCAGGCACCAAUCGUACUUCUCCGAUUACGACCUUCAUAUUGAUUUGUCUCGCACUCUGAAGCGAUUAAAUGAUGGCCACUGUGUCUGGAUCAACACCUGCUACGAUUGUGAGUUUGUUUUGUGCCUCCCCCACCACUUUCAAGAAGGAUAUAGUGUCGUAGAUCAAUGA